ACCUCACUCACUUAUUAUUGUCUACGCGCGGCAGAGGCACAAACAUGAAACUUUUAGUGGUGCUUGUAAGCUUUCUGGCAGCAUGCAAGGCCCAGAAUCCUGAACCAUGCACAAGUCCUGCUCUUCUGAGCGGCCAACUGACUUUGGCCACACAGAAUGAACAACUCUGGGCUUUUGCCCGCUACCUUUACGACGCACUUGGACAGAGGAUAAGACUCCAGGAAAUGGGAUUUUACCAGAAUAAGUCUUUUACCUAUGAUGCUCUUCUUCUCUACAGAGAGGGCGUGAUGUACGAAAUUAACAAUCAAGAGUCCACCUGCAAGAAAAGAGCGCUGCGGGCGGACUUCCAUCCUAUGGCGGUCCCGAGAAACGCCAGUCUGAUGGGUCAGGCCGUUCUGGGGAGCUCCUCGGGCCCGGGUCAGGGCGUCCUCGUCAACACGUGGACGGGUCAUCUUCCUGACAACGCACGUUAUUUGGUCACCGUCACGGAAUUUGGAUGCAUUCCCAUCUCGACGUCGUACAGAACUCAGCCAUUUGGAUGGAUGGUGACGAGCUUUUUCAACAACGUCAUUGGCAUUUCGGACCCCAAUCAGCUUAACCCUCCAGGUUUCUGUCAAGACGCACUGCACGAGGAGCCAAUCGACUUCUUCAGCUUGUUCCACAUGAUGAAAUGAGACCAUGUAUCAUUCUACGCCUUUUUUACAUAGUGCAAAUUCAUACUCAUCCGGAUAUAAGCAGAGAACUUGAAUAUAGCUUGUUUGAUUUUUUUUUUUUUUUUUUAAUAAAUGCAUAUCAGAAAGU